AUGGACCGCAGUCGACUUCCAGCACGUCCGCAUGCCGAAGCUCCCGUGCCCUGCUUCAACGCUCGAAAUCGCUACGUCGCGACACCGUUGAUGCUCCCACUUCCACCACGCGUCAAGAUGCCCCGUACUAAAGCGAUGGACAACGAGGCCAUCAAUGCUCUGUCUGAAGCCGGCGGAAACUGGAGUCAGCUUGCCGCCUCGAUUGACCGCGCUCGAUCCUAUACGCUGCCUCGCGCGCACUGA